CUCAGUAGGUGCUCGUUGCACUUGGGCGACGCCAAUGGAAGCUUCUUCUUUCGCCGCAACGAAUGCGACUAUUCUCGCUCAGACCCCGCCAAGACACCAUUCGCCAUAUGGCUAUGUACCGACGUUAUGGAUAUGCGCUCUGUUCAUAGCUUUGUUUGGCUUGUCGACUCUCAUCCAUUUCGGUCAGGCGAUUUACUUCAGGAUGUGGUGGUUAUUCCCGACCGCGGUACUCGCUGGUUUCACUGAGAUUAUUGGCUGGUCUGGUCGUUUGUGGUCAUCGAAAAAUCCUCUACUGCUUGACCCCUAUCUCAUGCAAAUCACGACCACGAUUAUUGCACCCACGCCCCUCGUUGCCGCAAACUUUAUCAUCCUGGGACGUAUCAUACAACGAUUGGGCAGUGAAUACAGCCGUUUGGGACCCAAGACGUAUACCGUCGUCUUCUUGUGCUUCGAUUUCGUUGCCUUGGUCGUCCAAGCGGUCGGCGGCGCAUCUGCUUCUCGAGCCGCCGAGCAGAACAUGAACCCUGCCAAGGGCGGCCAUAUCAUGUUGGGCGGUAUUGUUUUUCAGAUGGUGGCAAUAUCUGUCUAUGUGGCUUGCGCUGGAGAAUUUUUCAUGCGCUUCUUGGCACACAGACCGGUUCGGAAGGUGCAACACGAAUCGAGCGAAACCGAGUUAAAGGGUCAAUCGGACACUCAGCCCGUUCUGGACCGGAAGCUUCAACUGAUGAUCAUCGGCUUAAUUUUGAGCACAACACUGAUUUUCAUCCGGUCGGUGUAUCGAACUAUUGAAUUAGCAGAUGGAUGGACGGGUCGCAUCAUACAAACGCAAGUUUACUUCAACGUGCUUGACGGCGGCAUGAUCACAGCAGCCAUGUUCUGCCUCAAUUUCUUCCAUCCCGGUGUCCUUUUGAACAUGUCGAAACGACACACCUCACACGUUGCCUGAUCGCAUUCGACAUUCCCUGACUGGAUCGCAUUUGUGGACUUUACAUUACCCGCCAUGUAAUAUUACGUUAGUUUUGGGCCUCCAACGAGAAAUACAUACAGGAUAUC